AUGCCAUUCAUGACCAUCGCAUCUCUCAGCCAGUCAAAGCAGGUUCAGAUAUUCCAAUCUGCAACUGAGAAGCCAUUUUACAUCCACAUAGAGUACUUCUACAUAGAUAAGAAAACAAAUGUUGCUUAUUAUAUGAUCCAAGUUGGUGUAUUAGUUGAAAACAAGGUUGUUGUUCACAACUUAGCUAUGAGAUAUUCUCAAUUAGAAAAAUUGAACAGAAAAUUACAUGAACAGAUCCAAAACAAUGUAGAAUUCCCAGCAUUCCCACCAAAGAAGUAUCUUUUCAACACAAGCAUUGAUUUCUUACAGAAAAGAUAUGAAAAUCUUGAUUCAUACCUCUCAUCACUUUCAGCUAUCCCAUGCAUCUUAGAUAGUGUUGAUUUUAGGAAGACAUUCGGUAUAUAA